AUGAGGGCACCUAUCCCGGGACUUCCACUCAAGCUUUACUUAGCUGCGACAAAUACCGCGGUUGGAGCUUUGCUUGCCCAGGAUAGUCAUGAGGGGGAAGAAAGCCCCAUUUACUAUGUAAGCAGACAAUUGAAGGGAGCUGAGACAAGGUACCCGAAGACAGAACUAUUAUGCCUUGCUCUUGUUUAUGCUGCGCAGCGAUUGCGACCUUACUUUCUUGCUCACAAGCUGCAGCUUAUAGUAAAAUCCGACCCUGUGAGAUACUUGCUCACAAGAUCAGUGCUAUCAGGACGCCUUGCACGCUGGUUGCUGCAAUUGUCUGAGUUUGAUAUUGUAUGUACGACCUCGAAGUCUAUUAGGGGACAGGCUGUGAUUGAUAUGUUAGCCCUAUUCCCCGAAGUAGAGGAGUCUACUCUGUCCGAAGAAGUAUUAGGAGAACUGCCGGAAGUAGUUGCCACUGUUGUAGAAGAAGCGUCAUGGACCCUCUACUUUGAUGGAUCCUCUACAACCAACGGUGGAGGAGCAGGGGUAGUGAUUAUCAAUCCUGAAGGGCAGGCCACAGCUCUCUCAUUCAAACUAGAUUUCCCAUGCACAAAUAAUGUCGCAGAGUAUGAAGCUUUUAUCAUAGGAUUGUCUACGGCAAGGGAAAUGGGUGCAGAAAGAGUGAAGGUCAUUGGAGAUUCAAAUCUGGUAUUGAGCCAAUUGCAAGGGAGCUUUGCUGUGAAAGAAGCGACUUUGGCACCCUAUCGUACAGCUGCUGAAAGGCUCAUUAAUUCCUUUAAGCAGGUUGUGAUGGAACACAUUCCGGGAGUCACUAAUAGGUAUGCAGAUGCUUUGGCUACACUGGGGUCAAAACUCUCAUACGUGUAG